GGCGCACAGGGCGUUCAGGAAUAACCGCUUCCGGGCGGGCGUUAGCACGUGGGGGCCCGUGGACUCCUGUCCUAGGCAGCUUCUGAGGCCUGCGUGAUGGCUUCUCGGUAUGACAGGGCAAUCACCGUCUUCUCCCCAGAUGGACACCUUUUCCAAGUGGAGUAUGCCCAGGAAGCAGUGAAGAAAGGCUCCACCGCGGUAAGCUGCUCCCCGGGCAGCCGGCAGCCGCUGUUCCAGCCCUGGCUCCCAGAGCAAGGGCCUUGGAGUGGGGACUAUUUCCUUUACUAGGGACGCAACCUCAGGUUGGCAGUGGAGGUAGAGUUCAGCCUGUUUUCUUCCUGCAACUGCCUUUGUUUAAGGACAGCUAUAGACUCUGUAAAAAAUAUGCUGUAUAUUUUUGUAGUAACUGACAAAACACAGAACAGUCUACGUCAGUGCUUAUGGCCACUUCCGUGGGAAUCCACUGACCCAAGGUUGGAAUUCGAGGAACUAAUAUAGUUGUGCUUGGGGUAGAAAAAAAGUCAGUGGCCAAGCUUCAAGAUGAAAGGACUGUGAGGAAAAUCUGCGCUCUCGAUGACCAUGUCUGCAUGGCUUUUGCAGGUCUGACAGCGGAUGCUAGAGUGGUGAUCAGCAGAGCGCGGGUGGAGUGCCAGAGCCACAAGCUCACAGUGGAGGAUCCCGUCACUGUAGAGUAUAUAACUCGCUUCAUAGCGACGCUAAAGCAGAAAUAUACCCAGAGCAAUGGACGAAGGCCUUUUGGUAUUUCAGCCUUAAUUGUAGGCUUUGAUGAUGAUGGCAUCCCAAGAUUGUAUCAGACAGAUCCCUCCGGGACUUACCACGCUUGGAAAGCAAAUGCAAUAGGCCGAAGUGCUAAAACUGUCCGGGAAUUUCUGGAAAAAAAUUACACAGAAGAUGCAAUUUCAAAUGACAAGGAAGCUAUCAAAUUAGCAAUAAAAGCUUUGCUCGAAGUUGUCCAGUCUGGCGGAAAGAACAUUGAACUGGCUAUAAUAAGAAGAGAUCAACCUUUGAAGAUGUUUAGUGCCAAAGAAAUUGAACUGGAGGUGAGUGAAAUAGAAAGGGAAAAGGACGAAGCAGAGAAGACAAAGUCAAAGAAGUCAACCUAAUGCCAGCGUCACUGGGCGCUGAGAGUUCCCUCCUGAGGUUUUAGAAGAAAUCAAUGGGUUGGAACCAACCAUUGAGCUUUUCUACGUUCAUCUUCAAGAAUGUCCGUUGUUUUCAAACAUAAGUUAAUGGGAAGAUUUUCUGUAAAAUUCCUCAGUUCCACGUAACUCUAAUCGUAUACUGUAGAGCUUGAAUAGAAUAGUACUGUUGCUUUUCUUCAUACAAGCAAAUUCUAGGGGGAAAGAAGAUGAUUUUUAAAGUUAGUAAUGUUUUGAAGUUUGUCUCUUCUCUGUUAGUUAAGGAGCUAGUCAUCUCAGAGUAAACAGAACCCUGAGCGGCAUUUCUUGGUGAAUGGUAAGGACAUCAAUGUGUUGGUGAGGUGUCAACAAUUUGAUAAAAUCUGUAUGUGCUGACUCCAUAGGCUAAAGCAGAAGGAUUGUAAGUUAGGCAUUGUGAUAGAUGCUAAAAAAAAUAUAGGGACAAAAAUAAGCUCAGAUUAUUGGUUUUUCUUUUUUAACAUAGGAUCUCAUGUAGCCCGCACUGGCCUUGAAAACCCUCUGUAGCCAGAGGAUGACCUUGAACUCCUGAUUUUUUUAUCUUCACUUUUCAAUGGGUAACUCGUCUGUCCCCCCAUGCCCAGCUAGACUUAGCUUUUGUCCUUAUUACUAUAUAGCAGGAAGAUGGACAUUAAGUUACAAUCAUUUUCAUUUGGGAUUAAUGUAGUGAAAUUCUUUAUGUCUGCCUUCUAUUCUAAUUUAGAGGCUCCAAUAGAGCUUUAAGGCUGGGUUCCAGAUCAUACUCAUCUUUGUUCUUGCAGCUUGCCUAUGGUGUGACUUAAUAAAUGUUUAUAAAGUUGGUAACUUA